GGGCAUAUUCAACAUAUGUUUACUGGUCGACGUGAAGUGUAGUCCAUCCAUCUUGUUCAUCAUGUCCAAAUCCAGGUCCGAGACAUCAGAGUCCGAGACAUCAGAGUCCUCGCCGGCGGCUGAGCCCAGGCCUCUCGUCAUCCUCGCCGAUGGCAGUUGGUGUGGUCGUGAGGCCGAUACCCGGUCCAACAUCUAUCUAUUAGCUAGGAUGGUUGGAAUUGAUAUAGAUGACGUUAAUGAUACCGACAUCCACCGAAUGGGCCACAAGGCGUGGUAUAUCCAUGGCGUUGGGCUUGGAAGCACGUUCCUCGAGUACGUCGCAUUUCAUCAUCUCGUGAUUUGAUCGCUAAUGUAGUCCCAGCUACGUCUUCAACGGAGUAACGGCUCAAGACAUUGCCGCGCAAUGCGUCGCCGCCUACAGAUUCAUUGUUGAUAAUUACAGCUACCCCGAUCACCAAAUCUGGAUGUUUGGCCUUUCCAGAGGCGCAUACAUGGUGCGGUCGGUGGCCGGUAUGAUCAAUAAUUGCGGCAUCGUCAAACGCGUACUGAAGGCAGACGGCACCGUCGAUGAUGCCGAGACGGAUCUUCUGUGCCGGCAAGUCUACAGAAUCUACCGCUCCAAGGACCCCAUUAAUUGUCCGCACUCGAGCCAAUCUAAGCAGUUCCGCCAGCAUGCAAGCUGGCCCCUAAUUGGCGACGAAGAAGAUGGAGCCCCUGGAUUGCUGCCGCCUGUGAAAUUCUUGGGUCUUUUCGACACUGUAGGCAGCCUUGGGAUCCCGGACUUUGUGGGGGGCGUUGGGCUAGACUGGCCAAAGUUUCAUGACCAACAGGUCUCAACUGUCGUCGAGCUUGUAUACCACGCCAUGUCCUUGCACGAUGACUUCUACAUCUUCCCUCCCUGUCUUGCAGAGCGGAGUCACCGCUCAGGGAGGCCAGUUGACUAUGGAAUCACCCAGAAAUGGUUCCCGGGCGUGCAUUAUGACCUAGGACGACAACGCUUCAAGUUCCUGCGUAUGUUUGGCGGUGGGUGGUUGGAACGACUGUUGGCCAGAUGGAGCUGGGCGAGCAAAGUGAUCGAGCCAAACCAAGUACUUUCCGAUCUUGUGUUGAAGUGGAUGCUCGAGGCUAUCAAGGUAAACGAUCCAACUGGGCAGGUCAUCUCAACUGAACGGGUUGGCGAGGAGAUCACGGCGGCGGAUCAGAGAAUGGUCUCUGAGAACCGGCAGAUUGGCGAUGGAGAUGUAUACAGAAACAUUGUUGCAUACGCUCCAUUUGGCAGCGCGAUUGUGGGUUUGUUGACGGGGCUUUUUGGCACGCGAUGGCAGACGAAUCAGCUUUACCAGCUCUUCUUUGCGCUGCGGGAUCGUCUGAUUGCCGACCCAGAUGCGCACGUCUACAGAUACAUGGACGCCGAUGCAUCUAUUGUAGGAUCUGAAAAUCAGAGGAUCGAAGAGUUGGCAGAAGUAACCCCAGCAAGAUACCCAUCGCAGACCUAUCAGGCUUGGAGAUUGAAACGCAGAUUGCUAGGCUAUUAACGUGAGCAGAUAGUUGAAAGUGGUAUUUCUUACAGAGUUUGAUAUAAUAACGAAGAGGUCUCGAGGGAAUGUUGUGCGACAUUGCCGAAGCUCAGCAUUCGGUGUAGGUAUUCUCGAGGGAAUUAUGCAACUGUUUCUGUGUUUCAUAGUAUCAAACAAAGGUGAUGGUCAGUAGAAUGAAUACCAAAGCAUGACGCGGUCGGUUGUCUCAAUCGUGAAGCCUAUCAAAACUUCAUCAUAUAAAGUCAAAAAGGGGCACCUGGAAUUUCGAAACGUUUUUUUGUUCUUUCGUCUUUUCUCCGCAAG